AUGCUUGUCUUUUAUGUAGUGCUUGCAGCUAUCACGUCGAUUCAAUUGUGUUAUUAUGUGGAUGAUAAUGAUGUUCAUUUAAUUGGAUUUGCUAUCCUUAAAUGUGCAGAUGCCGCAUCCUCGGACACAGAGAAAGCCUGGCUGUGUGAUUGGCCGGGGUGUGAACUCCUCUUCCGAUAUCGCAGCCGCUUAGCUGAACACAGAAGGAGUCACACGCAUGAGAAACCGUAUGCGUGCACCUGGCCGGGGUGUGAGAAGCGCUUCGCUAACCGGGGCAAUUUGAACCGGCAUACAGCCACACACACCACACGCGCAUCCCUUGUGUGCGAGCAUGAUGGGUGCCAGAAGCUGUUCAAGACAAAGGCUACGCUCAAGGCACACAUGGCGCUACACCGUGAGGCGAACAAGUUUGUAUGCUCAUGGGAGGGGUGUGGGCGAGAGUUCGCUACGGCCGCAAGACGGGCCAGUCACGAAACAACGCAUAAGAUGAGUGGGGACUAUAUGUGCAAUUACUGGGGCUGUGGGUAUAGGUGCGACUCGGAGGCGAAGCUGUCGGUGCACAAGCUCAAGCAUGUAGUGCGGGAUAAAGAGGGUCAGGGAAGUGGCAAAAAAAUAGGGAAGCGGCUGGUGUCGAGUGGGGAUACGUUUAAGAUCAAUACGCGUCCGCGUUUGGGCGAGUGUGAUUCCUUGGGUGGGGGUACUGAUCACAGUACAACUACUGAAGAAUACAUGAGUGCGGAAGGCAAAAGGGCGGCUGAUUGUACAGCUAUCGGUCACAAUGCGAGAGCCAGAGUAACAAAUAAUGCAGUCUGUAGUACUACCGAGAAAUUAAGCGACCGUGGGGGUUUAGGAAUGGCUGAGAAAGCUUCGAGCGAAGAUACAUCAGUAUUAGAAGACAAGAGGGCGACUGAUGUGAAGGAUACGACUGCAUCAGACGCGCCAACCUUUAAGAUGAGGUGGCUGGAUCUGUACGCGUGCGACUGGCCGGGAUGUGAUGCAGCCUUUGAUAAGAAGCACCAAUUAAAGGCACACGCUGCUACACAUAUAAACAAGAGCAGUACAGAACGACCUUACAAAUGCCACUGGCCUGGGUGUAGGUUAGCGUUUGCGAAACAGGCAACGCUUGCCAAGCAUUUGAACAAGCAUGUGGUCUACAGGGAGUUUAGGUGCGAUCAUCCGGGUUGUGGAGCUACGUUUACGGACGCCGGGGGUCUAAUUAAGCACAAACGUACGCAUACGGGUGAGAAACCGUUUGUGUGUACUUGGGAAGGAUGUGGGAAGGGCUUCGCGCAGAGUCAGAACUUGACAGCACAUUUGCGGCAACAUUCAGGAGAGAUGCCAUUUGUUUGCCUUUAUCCUGGAUGCGACCGGCGGUUUAAGAGCGUUCAGGCGCUGAAGUAUCAUAAGAGUACCCAUACACCCAAAGAGAUAUGGGACUGA